UUCCUAAGGAUUCCAUCUCUGUUUCCUGUGUCCCACACGUAAGCAUUUCAAAGCUUUCCUUUUUCCUCCUGUGAGGUUUUGGCACAGUGAUUCGAAUUGAUUGGUGAAAAGUUUGAGUCUCAUAUAGUAGAGUUUUCGCACUUGCACAGCAUAUCCUGGAACUCCCUUUUUAGCUCUCCGUUUUACAAUACAAAUCCCCUUCCUUUUUACUGUGAUUAAGCUCCCGAAGGUUGUUUAGCGCGUUAUACACGUUCCAGCAGAAACGCUGAUUAUUUUCAGUUCGCACAUAUUCUUUGAUAGUGCUCUGUGAAGUGCUUGAAAAAAAAAAUGUCAGCCAUCCAACUGUUGCGAGAAUUGAUCAAAGCUUCUGAAAAAGCGGCGAACAUUGCAAGAGUUUGUCGCAAAGAUGAGCAUCUCUUCGGAUUAUUGAUACAGGAAAAACCCAAAGACGAGGCAAACUCACGAUUUGAGCAUGAUUUUAAAACAUUGGCUGAUUGUUUGAUACAAGAGACCGUAAAAUACGACAUGGAAAAAUUGUUUCCAGAACUUCGAAAAAACAUACGAGGAGAAGAAAAUCCCAGCUUUACCAAUGCUUGUGGUGAAUCUGUAACCAUAUCUGUCUCAGACGAUAAAAACGAAACCACAGAAAAUCUUCAGAAGGUUUUGAAUGGUGACAAGACCGCUGCUCUGCGUUUGAUCGACGAGGUGUAUCGAGAAAUCGAUUUGGAUGAUGACAAAUGGCAAAUUCCUAAUGAAUCUGUAUCCCUCGAUCAUGAAAUUUCGGAAUUGGGGAUUUGGAUAGAUCCCGUUGAUGCGACGGCAGAGUACAUACAAGCGAAAGAAAAAUACUCUAAGUUUCCCAACAUCAUGGCGUCUGGGCUUAAGUGUGUAACUGUUCUUAUUGGCGUUUUCGAGACUGUGCAAGGCAAUCCAAUUAUCGGUGUUGUGAAUCAACCAUUCGCUGAUGAACCCGAACCGAACGAAUUCGAAGGAAAAGUAUACUGGGGACUUACAAUCGGUGAUUUGAAGUUCAAUAAUAUUGUAUCGUUUGAAACUGAAGAUAGAAUAGCUGUGCUAUCCCCAACAGAACAAUCAAAAUACGUUGAAUUUCUCAAAAAGCAACUGAAAUAUGAUAUUGUAUACUCAUCUGGUGCUGGUUAUAAAAUAUUAAAAGUUUGUACAGGAGAAGCUGAGUUAUUUUUGCUUAGCCGGGCUAAUACUUACAAGUGGGACACAUGUGCCCCUCAAGCUAUUCUACGUUCACUGGACGGGGAAUUGUUUGAUUUGCAAGAUACGCUUGUGAAUAAAUCUCUCAAGAAAAUUUCAUAUCGUGAUACAAAAGUUACGCGUAAUACAGGUGGACUAAUCGCAUAUCGAAACAUCGAAAAAUUUAAAGAUUUCCUCAAGUUAUAAACCAACCAACCACCCUUUAUGGUAUGUCUCACAAAAAUGUGUUGCAAACAAACUAAUCAUCCUAACAAAUUACUGGAAUUAGCGGCUGUUGAUUGUUGUCAAAAUGGUAUUUGACUUAUUAAAUGUUGAGCAUUAGAUGGUAUUACCUUAUCUGCUGUCCUAAAGGACAUGCUGAAACCGUUAAUCGCGGUGGCAAAUAUGAUGAACAAUUGAAACAUAAACUAGUCGAUUAUGUAUUUUAGUUCUCUUUAUUUAUGACCAAAAUCUCAAUCAUUUAAGUAGAUUUCUAAACAAAAAACUCUGAACCUACAGUACAAAAUCUAUUUCUUUAUAAGUUAUUAUUUGUUAGUUGAAUAAAAUUACCUGAAAAAUUAUUCAAGAAUUUAAUUAUUCAAUGAUGCCUUAAUUUGCAAAUAAAACUUAUUUUGUAUAUCUCGUUAAGUUUGAUUACUUUGUAUUUUUGCAUUUGAUGCGAACACGGAAAAAUCGCUAAAUCGAAGCAUCGGUCGAAACCAAGCUCGAAACUUGAAAAAUAAAUAUAUAACUAUAGUCAUUUGAAAGUGAAAUUAAAAAAAAAAAUUAUCUGGCGCUUCUAUCAAAACACUUGCUAACGCGUCUAUCCUUUCAUUAUGAGUACUACUAUAGUAAUGAUGUCGUUCAGAUAGUUGCUCUUGAUUCUGUGAAUAAAUUUAAUAAAAUAGAAUGCAAUAGGGAAACACGAUUAUGUGAUGCUAUUUAGAUGACUUUUAGAUUGAUGCAUUUAUUGUAACAUGGAUACACCAGACAUCCAUUUCAGAUCAUGGUAGCUGUUUUGCAGAAAAUAUAUAUAUAUACAAAUACUGAUAAUCAUUUAACAAAUGUGUGUUAGUAUGAAACGAAUAUUUAACAAGCAUCAAUUAGCGAAGCUUUAAUGUAUAUUUAGAACUAGUUGUGCAUUGAAAAUGCCAAGUAUAAUGAUGUUUGUGGUGUAAUAUGUCAUAAAAUGAAACGAAUAAAAUAUUUGUGAAACUAAA